CCUCAGCCAAUGGAGAAACCAGCGCACGAGACACUUUAACCGCCUCUCCGGAGCGGACCAGUGCGCAAUCGUCCUCCCGUUCAUGCACACACACACACACACAAACACACACAUGGGAAAGUGAGGUUUUAUUUUCUUCCGGCUCUGAUUAUGGACUCUUUAUUUCUGUCUUGAUGUUUUGAGCAGGAAAAUGCUGCUUGCACGGACGGCUGGAUUCUGCGUCUUGAAGAUGAAAGUCACAAAGUGAAUGUUGCAGCGACAGUUUAUCCGAUGAUUGAGUCCGGCACUGCGACCAUGUUGGACCGAACUGAGCCGGCGCACUGCACCGUGUGUUGCUGUACGCUGGCCAACAAAAUCCUCAUGGUGCUCUUCAUGGUGCUGUUGAUAUUCGCCAUCUUGUUUGGGAACUUGGUGACUCUGGCUGUGGUUCUCAGGACGAAACACUUCCACACGCCGCAGGGUUACCUGAAGGCUUCCCUGGCUGUGGCUGACCUGGCUGUGGGGAUUUUCGUGGUGCCGCUCUCCGUCUACGCCGAGGUCUACCUCAUGGUGGCCGACUCGGCACCGGAGUGGACGUCCUACAACUCGCAGUUAGUGAGUUUCCACCCGUGCAACGUCAUCGGCCCCAUCUUUGCCGGGUGCACCUUGGUCUCCAUCACGACCAUUUUCCUGCUGACGAUCGAGAGGAGCAUCGCUGUGUUGCGCCCGCUGCACAAGGACUCUGUGAUUACACGGAAAAGGACCACGAACCUCAUCGUCCUCUCCUGGGUCGGGAGCUUCUUCCUGGCGGUGUCGCCGAUGAUUUUCAGCAGCGAGAUCGCUCUGGAGUACAACCCCUGCAGCCGGAUGUGUAAUUACGCGCUGGGGACCAUUGGCGAGUUCCCCAGCCAAGCCUGGAACAUCCUCCUCCUCUUCCCCAUGUUUGACUUCACCCUCCUCGGGGGAACGGUGGUCAUUAACAUCAUCUCUCUGUCCAGCAUCAGGCAGCACUCGAGGCGCAGGAAACAUCUGGCCGAGAGCGAGCGCCAAAGCAGCAGCAAACCUACGUUUUCUGACAUCAAAGCAGCCAAAACAAUUGGGACGCUGACUUUGGCGUUUACCGCCUCAUUCACCCCUAUCGCCGUCUUCGUGGUCGGGAACGUUUUGGGGAAUAAAUGGUGCAACUUUUCCUUUUUCGCCUUCUGGAUUUUGGCCACCAACAGUUGCUGGAAUGUCAUCAUUUACAGUGUGAGGGAUCAGAAGUUCAGACUUUGCGCACACAAGCUCCUCAUGCCUUUCCAGAGAAAAAACUCAACCAAAGUCUAAAAAGCUUCCGGGACCAAAGACUCGAGUUGAGGACUGCAUCAUUUGGAUGUUUUGUUUGUCACAGAAACUCUUUGUUCAACACACAUUGUGAGUCUCGUUAAGAGACGUGUCUGCAUGUU